GAGAGCGCUAGAUGGCGGUAACAUUUUCCCGCGCAAUUUGGGUGUUGCAUAUGUGUGGUGCCUCGUAAUCAAACACGGUGAUUUGUAGUCAUUUCAGUCAGUACUGUUGAUAAAUAUCGUUUUUUAACUCAAAAUGGCAAUGGAAGAGGCGGAUGUUGAUCAAAGACUGAGAGGUUAUCAGAGAGAAUACCUAGACUUUCUCGACGACGAGGAAGACCAAGGACGUUAUUCAAAAUUAGUUAAGGAUAUGGUCGCUGAUAAACGGAGACGGCUGGUUGUUAAUAUAAAUGAUUUGCGGAGGAAGAAUCCGUUGAGGGCAGCAAGCUUACUGAACAACCCAUUUGAAGAACAAAUAGCAUUCCAGGCAGCAUUGAAGGAGUAUGUUGGAAGCAUUGAUCCAACAUAUGCAAAGGAAGUUGAUGAUUUUUUUGUUGCAUUUGAAGGCAGUUUUGGCAGCAAGCAUGUGACACCACGAACACUACUUAGCCGGUUCCUUGGUAAUUUGGUGUGUGUUGAAGGCAUUGUGACAAAAUGUUCGCUGGUCCGACCUAAAGUUGUUCGGAGUGUGCAUUAUUGCCCAGUUACAAAAAAGACCUUGGAAAGAAGGUAUACUGACCUGACGUCUUUCGAUGCAUUUCCGUCAAGUGCUGUUUAUCCGACAAAGGAUGAAGAUGGAAAUCCACUGGAAACAGAGUAUGGUCUUUCAGUUUACAAGGAUCACCAAACAUUAACAAUUCAAGAGAUGCCAGAGAAAGCUCCUGCAGGUCAGCUGCCAAGAUCUGUGGAUGUCAUUUGUGAUAAUGACCUCGUGGACAUUUGUAAGCCAGGAGACAGAGUACAGAUAGUAGGAAAUUAUCGUUGUUUACCAAGCAAACAGGGUGGUUUCUCUAACUGCACAUUCAGGACGAUUUUGAUUGCUAACAACAUUUCACCAUUGAGCAAAGAGAACACACUUGCCUUGUCACGAGGUGACGUGGCCAAAUGUAGAAAGCUUGUAAAUGCAAAGAGCACUGGUGAUAUUUUUGAACUACUUAGCAAAUCUCUGGCACCAUCAAUUCAUGGACAUGAAUAUAUUAAGAAAGCAAUUUUGUGUAUGCUGUUGGGAGGUGUAGAAAAAGUAUUACCUAAUGGAACAAGGCUGAGAGGAGACAUAAACGUUCUUCUUAUUGGAGAUCCCAGUGUUGCAAAAUCUCAGUUACUCAGAUAUGUGCUAGCUACAGCUCCCAGAGCUAUACCGACGACAGGACGAGGCUCAACAGGAGUUGGUCUAACGGCUGCCGUCACCACAGAUCAGGAAACUGGUGAGAGAAGGCUAGAAGCUGGUGCUAUGGUUUUGGCUGAUCGUGGGGUUGUCUGUAUUGAUGAAUUUGACAAGAUGUCAGACAUAGAUCGUACAGCUAUUCAUGAAGUCAUGGAACAAGGAAGAGUCACUAUUGCGAAAGCUGGAAUACAGGCUCGUUUGAAUGCUCGUUGCUCUGUGCUUGCAGCAGCAAAUCCGGUUUAUGGAAGGUAUGACCAGUACAAAACUCCAAUGGAGAAUAUUGGUCUUCAAGAUUCUCUUCUUUCACGUUUUGACUUGUUAUUUGUAAUGCUUGAUCUUGUGGAUGGAGAGCAGGACAACAGGAUAUCUGAUCAUGUAGUACGCAUGCACAGAUACAGGAACCCAGGAGAACAGGAUGGGGCGGUGUUGCCAAUGGGUUCAGCAGCUGACUUACUUGCUACCAACAAUCCAGAUGUGGAAGAGGAGGAUGAUAGUAAUGCACCAAUCUAUGAAAAAUAUGACGCACUUCUACAUGGAAACACAAGAUCACGAAAGGACAAAAUUAUUAGUGUGAAGUUCAUGCGUAAAUAUAUACAUAUUGCAAAGAUGAUGAAGCCUACCCUAACAGAAGAGGCUUCAAAUGUAAUCUGUGAGGAAUAUUCAAAGCUUCGCUCUCAGGACAGUGUAGAAAAUGAUGUUGCCCGAACACAACCUGUGACAGCUCGUACAUUAGAAACUUUAAUACGUCUUUCAACAGCUCAUGCAAAGGCUCGACUCUCACGAACAGUGGACGUGGAAGAUGCUCAAGCAGCCAUUGAGUUAGUGCAGUUUGCAUAUUUUAAGAAGGUCCUUGAGAAGGAGAAGAAGAGGCGGCGACAGAGUGAAGAUGGGGAUGUAUCAGCUGAUGAAAGUAGUGACGACAGGCCUAAGAAAAAAACACGCAAGGAGAAGAGUAAGAGACCCACGCCAAAGUCUGGGGAAGAGGGUCAUGACGUAUAUGAUGAUGUGACAGAUUCUGGAGAAGACGGUGAAGAAGAUGAAAGUGAAGCAGUACAUCUGACAGAGUCAGGAAAUGCAGAAGAUAAAUCAGCACCACCAACUUCUUCUGCACCCAAGUCUCCUUCGAGAGGAGCAACUACUAUAUCUGAUGAGAGGUUCAAAUGUUUCAAAGCGAGCUUGGCAAAGGUGUUUAGAGAAGCUCGGACACAUUCAUUAUCAGUGGCCAGAGUGACGGAGUUUGCGAAUAGUGAGCAGAGCACACCAUAUACUCAAGAAGAAAUUAGUGCAGCAAUGGAUAAACUCUCAGAAGCAAACCAUAUUAUGGUUGCAGAUGACUUGGUACUUCUUAUCUAGAGAAAAUAAAAAACAAACAAUUUUAGUUCUGAACCGAGAGAUUGUGCACACGCGCACGUUUGUCACUUGGGGAGCACUUAGAUUACCGCAUUAAAAAUUUGAAUUGGGCUUUGUAUCACACAGUGUGACUUUUAUCAGAAACUGAAACAAAUUGUGAAAUUUAUUUACGAGUGAUAACAGCAGUAGAAAGGAAGAUAAUGAAUAAAGAAGGAUAGUGAAGCAAAAAUAUGAAAGGCGAGGUGGAAACAAGAUUGUGGAACCAUAAUGAAGGAAACUAACUCCUUCGUCAAUAUGGAAGAAAAAGUAGAAAAAAGUUUUUAAUGUAAUCAUUGCUUCAUUUUAUGUGUUAGUACUUAAUGGUACAUGACAAGUAUUUGAGUGGUACUUUGAUGAACUUACCAUGUCUUUGAUAAUAUAAAUAUUUGUUAGAGCUCUAUGCUUUUACCUUCAGUAUUCUGUCACUCAAACAAUAAAUAUGUCUUCAAACCUAUCAUCUUAUUUUGUAACACAUUCCAUGUUAGUCAAGUGGAUGAAACAAGGGAAAUAAGCUGGAAAUUAUGUAGGUAGUCCACUGACAAUGGUGCUAAUGGUAGGCAUAUGAAAUUUGUUCAUCUUAGUAUCCUAUGAAGAUACAAGGGAAUUGUAGCCUUAACAGAAGUUAUGUUUUAGAGCAGUGUGAGAUGGAUUCAGUUGCCUUGACAUUUUUGGUGUCUGAAUCCAAGCAUUGUGUCAUUUAUGUUCUGCUGGGUUGUGUUAUCUACCAACCAACCAAAUCAUUUGUAUUAUCAUAAACUGAAUGUCACAGAACUUUCAUCUGUGCAGACCUUUCUGUUAUGGGUUGCCCAUAUAUACACUGUCUGUUCACAUUAAUGUGGCCACCUGUAUUAUACCUAAAUAGCCAAUUGUUGUAGUGCAGACUGCUGAGAGAUGUGUUGGAAGUGUCGGUGAGGUUCUGGAAGGUACCGACAUGGAAAUGGAGGUAUGUGGACUCCACUGCUGUGAUCAGCUGUGCUAGGUUUCUCCCUUGAGGGUUCAUGGCAUGAACAGCCUGAUCAAGGUUGUCCCACAGAUUUUUGUUUGUUUUUAAAUCCAGGAGUUUCUAAACUCGUCUUAUGAAGCACAUACACUUUGAGCCGUGAAACAUGUUGCAUUAUCCAGCUGGUAAAUGCCAUUGUGCUGAGGAAAAACACGUUGUAUGCAGGGGUGGACAUGGUUUCCAAGGACAGAUGCAUAUCUGUGUUGAUCCAUAGCACCCUCCAUCCUAGAAUGCCAUGAAAACAUUUCCCAAACCAUAACGCUCUCUCCACCUUGGACACUUCCAACAUAUGUUGCAGGGUGUUUGCUUUCAGACAUUUCAUGCCAUUGGAGCAUAAAAUUUGAUUCAUCUGGAAAGCAUCCUGUUGUCAUCCAGACAUCCAGUUGUGGCCUUUGUCAUUGAUGAACAGCAGUCAGCUUGGUUGCAUGAACCAGGCACCUGCUACAGAGGCCCAUAUGCAUCAACAUAUUCUGAAGAGUCAUUGAUGAAGCCGCCUUAGUUCACCUGGGCAAUCAGUUAGUUGCACGUCUAUUCACACACACACACACACACACACACACACACACACACACACACACACACACACACACACACACACACACAGCAGUCAGUCACCCCUGUCGUCUAUGGGCCACUGAUGCUUCGGCACUAGUUUUGCCAUGCAUGGUACACAUUAACUAUGGUGAUACACGAACAAUUUACAAACUUGAGCAUUUCAGAAAUGCUACCACCGUUGGCCAAUGAGUAUGCCCUUUGAAUGUCAGAUAGUAAACACCAUUUCUGCAUUACAGUAAGGACUGCACUGUUUUCCGUGUCCCACUGACGCGCUUAACAUACCCUCCAUUGCCAGGGGUGCCACCUCCAUCUUUGAGUGGUUUCUACAUGUUGAUGCCUAACAUACGUGGUGGUCACUUUAAUGAGACAGGGUCUUAUAUAAAAGCCUUCAGCUCACAGUACUUUUUUGAAAGGACAUCUCUCAAGAAAAGAAGCCUUUUUCCCCUCUAAGUACAUCCUCUGGUAAAAGUACUGAUUAAGGAAAAAAAAACCACAAACUGUAUUUUCUUUUAGCAUCAUUCCUUCACCACCAUACCAUAAUUUGUGUAUGUGUAUUGUUGAUGAAACAGGCCUGAAGUAUUCAAUUAUCCUGGUUACACAAGGACUUCCCAUUAACAUAUAAAGAAGAAAACAGUUGGUCAUCAUGACUUUUAAUUAGUCACCAGCUCACUUGCAAGAAAUAUUCCUUGUUCACUUCUGAGCUGACAGUUAUAGUGAGUGUACACAGAAAAUAGCCUUAGCGUCCUCUGUUUUCAGGAGAGCAUUGCAAUACAGCACAUUGAUUUCAUUAAGUUCCUCUCCAACAGUCAUAUUCCUCAGGCUCUUAGCUGUCUUUUCUUGCUAUAGCUUUGUGUAGCUAUAUUUCUCAUUGCUUCUAUUUUAUGCCCAUGACCAUUAUCUUGUUGCUAAGAAUUAAUUUCUUAACCACUUGCUUGGAUUUCAUAUACUAUGUGCUACUGUAACCUUCCUCCACAUCUCGAGUCAAUUUCGUGAAUAGCUUGGUUCUUCCCUUCACAUUUUCUGUUUGCUUUCUCACCAGCUAACUGAAAAACGAACCUGUGAUUCAGAAAGGUUAAAUUUGAUAACCAUCUUGUUUUCAAUUUCAUCAUCCUGUUGGUGUAUAAGAGUGAACAAAUAUUUGAAUUAUACAUCCUCAUUCAUUUAAAGUUUCAUCAAAUACCAAUUUGAGCGUGGCUGUUGAAAAGCCACUGCAGUUAGAGUUGCUGUUACAUUGAAGUAGCUGUGACAACUUUCUUCACUGAAAUGAGAGAAAAACAGUAAAGGAGGAGGUAUCUUUGAAUAUUCAGAAGGUAGACGUAUUGGUGAAACCUGUAAGAAAAGAGUGUAAAUCCAAGCGAUUAAUCAGACUCAUAAGGCACAAUUACAGCCUGUUCUCUCUCUCAGAAGCAAUUACUUAAAAUAACUACGUAUCGUCAGUAUGUAAGGAAUGUUUUGUUUGGGUAGCAAUCAUGUAUGUCUCUUAAAAUAUAUCUGUAUAGCCAUCCUGGCAGUGAAAUAGAUCCUCAUUUUUAAA